CUCAAAAGUUUUGUCCGUCAAAUGGCAUAAAAGGACAAAGCUGCAAAGGAAAGUCAACGUCUUUGGACGAAAGACCAAAAAGUCAACAUGAAGUUUCUGGUCCUUCUCUCCUGCAUCGCCUUGGCUGCCGCUGAGCGUAGCUACAGCAUCUAUGGUGGUUACAAAGAGCAAGGAAAGUAUGUUUAUCACUACGAAGCAUUCCUGUACCCUUCGGCUGUUCCAAAUUUGGAGAAACACGUGGCAAAGAUCCAUAUCAACGGAACAGUUGAGCUGCACAUCAUGAAGAAUGAAAAAGCUAUUCUGACGGUCAAGGACAUCAGCAUCUACGAAUGCCUUUCAGACCCCAAAAACAUGAGUGGGGUAAAUGAAAGGUUUUCAGAAUUCAGCACCAAAGUGAGCCGCCCACACCUGAUGAAGCCAAUCAAAUUUGGCUACACCAACGGACUGGUACAGCAAGUCUUUGCACCAGAAGACGACCCAUCCUGGUCUGUAAAUAUAAAGAAAGGUAUCCUCAAUAUGUUGAGCGUUGAUGUCCAAGGCAAGGAUCAAGAGACCGGUCUCAAAGAUUUCUUCAACAAAGAAGAGGCCACAAUUCUUGGUAUCUGUCAGACAUCCUACAGCCACAAGUACUUUGAAGUUGUUGAUGCUCGCCAAGUCAGAAAAAGAAUUGGAAUGAAUUUCACAAAGACCAUUGAUUUUGAGAACUGCACUGGUUUGAACUAUGACGUUUAUAACAAAAAUGUGCAAGGAACCAACCCAGAUCAGGACUCGAACCCACUGAAGACAACAGCAACGAUCAAGUACAAUAUAACUGGAACUGAAACCCAAUUCAAGAUUGAAGGUGUCACUGCCAAGGGUGUCUAUGUUCUAUACCCAUUCUCCAAACAAGAAGAGGGGAUCCCAACUGAAUCGGUUCAAAGACUUGUUCUCUUGAAAGAAGGUGUCAGCCAUUUUGAAAGCGAAUACCCACAUCAUCUUGCAUGGAACCAACGUGGAAAACUAAUGAUGGAAAUGCCAUCCUUUCACAAGCCAGAGGUUAUCCCACCACUUUCACAGAGCGAACGGGACAACAAAGCAACCUACAUCUGCAACGCUAUCAAAAGAUUCUCAUCAUUGAUUCCAAAGGGAAAGCCAGUCCAGAGUGUAAUCCUUCAGCCUGAAAUCUCAACCAUUUUCAUGCAAGUUGUCAACAAUCUGAGAAUGUGUGAUCUCGUCACGUUGUCUGGAGUGUUUGCAAAGUGUGCAGAUGCAGACUCCAGAAGCUGGUUAGUACGUAGUAUGAGGAUGUGUCAUACAGAGACAUGCCUGGAGUUCAUGCGAACAAAAGUGGAAAAGCUUACAGACGAGCACAUUACAUCCUAUUUGAUAGGAAUAAGUUUUGUUGGUCAGCCCACACGUUCAAUUGUCGAUAAAAUGGAAAAGUUUUGCAGCAUACCAAAAAUUUCCAACAAUGCACAACUUAAAAAAGCUUGCCUGAUCACCUCAAGCAACAUUGCCCAAGGAUACUGCAAAGUGAACCCAAUCUGCACUUCAUGGAUUGAGAACGCAAUCAGGGACGCCUUGCAAAAGAUAUCUAAGCCAGAAUGCUACCAGAAUAUUGAAAACUGCCAGCCAAUCAAGGGCCUUACUGUUCACACUGUUGUGUCGAUUGCUGAGAAUCAUGGACGACCAUCCUACUUGGCUGCCCUUGAAAGCAUCAUCUUCCAUCCCGAAGUGCCAACCAGUGUCAAAAUGCACGCCAUUAACUGUCUCAGGCCAAUUAUCAGACAGUCACCAAGAAGGGUGCAAAUUGUGCUCUUAAGGCUGUUCCGUGAUUUCAAAUACGACAGCCAGAUGCGCACUCUUGCUCUCUCGGUAAUAAUGGAGAACCCCCAUCCACACCUUAUCCAGCUUUGUGCCCGCCAGAUCUAUGUUGAGCCAAGCUUGAACAUCAGGAAAUUUGCCCAUGAAUUGUUCACUCAAUGCAGUGAAUCAGUGAUCAAAUAUAACAUAACUAUUCGUCACACAUGCAAAUCAGUCCUGAAACUCUACACCAAGUCGUACUUGCCUUCUCAAAUGGCACAGUACCGCAGUCUUCACAUGAACGGCCAACUGGAAAACCAAAGGCUCAACCUUGCCAGCGAACUUGAAGGAAGUUGGAUUGCAAACAACAACAGCUACAUCCCCAGAUACUCUCAAGCUAGACUAAGAGCAUCGAUUCUCGGAAGGAAGUUUGAGGUUUUUGAUUCUGUAAUGUACAUGCAAGGCAUCCAGGACUAUAUAAACUGGCUCAUCCAUUCAAUGCAAGAAUACAUCCAGCCACAACCAGAAGAGCUGCGCGAAAUCAAGAAGAAGAUUUAUGAUAUUACCCAAAGGACUUUCCAUGUUCCAAAAGACCCAGAGGAACUUCUUUAUGAAGGACGAUUGAGGCUAUUCGAUAAGUUGGUCAGUGUUCAAAACAUCACAUUGAACAAGACUAGUGACUUUACUGAGCAGCUGUACUCGCACCUACCCCAGAUACUUGAGGUAUUCAAGCAGUUGAAGGAAGGAAAAACCUGGUUGUGGUCACAGCCCUUCAUGGUGGUUGAAACUAUUUACCGAGUCCCAUCACUUUGUGGUGUCCCAUUGGUUUUCAACAUGACAUCAAUGGCUCUGCCAUAUUUGCGAACCAACAUUAAACUUGAAACAACCCCUGAAAUCAAGUCACCAAUCUCUCUGAUCCGUAAAAAAUUGCAAGAAAUCAAAAUUUCUGGAAUCCAGCAAGUAAGCUCUCUUGCUGAAGUCAGAGGAACAAUAAAGUAUAGCCUGCCAUUCAUCGAAGUUGGUGCUCAGUGCAGGAAAGUCAUGAAUAUGUCAACACAUAUGGAAGGCUCCAUGAAGUAUAACUUCAAAACUGGAGAAUACAAUGAGCACAUUCAAAUGCCAAAGGAUAUGAGGGAAGUGUUUUUCUUCAACAUGGAAGCAUAUCAUUACAUCAAGACAACCAAGGAACCAAUGCGAAAGUUGGAUUUCGAACCAGAUCAAUUUGGCAGGGUCCAAAUCAUCAAUGUCACGCAACCCUGUGAAGGCCAUUGCAGAGCAGAAGAAUGGAUCAUUCGAACAACCACUGGCAAGUACUUGUCUGUGCAAGAUGGCAAAAUCGUCUUGAAACCACAGCCAUUCAAGUUCAAAGUUAUUUUCCACGGAGUCAACCGAAGAAUCAUCAGCCUGUAUGUACCAGGCCAGGGUUACGUUGUCAUGUCAAAGAAGUCGCCAUGCCUGUUCGUGAAGCCAACCUCAAAUGGAAAAUACUUCAUUGUAGAUUAUGAGAACUUGCAAAACACAUUGAUCAAAGCUCUCGUGCAUUUAGAGAAGGUUCCAGAAGGCUGGGGAUUGCCAUCAUCAGAUGAAAUACAGGAAAUCAAAAAUGCAGGAAGCCUGUUUAUGCAAGAGCAAGUUGUUAUCACUGGAGAAGAGUACAUUGAAAGAGAACUGAUUGAACCUUCAAAGCAGUAUGUGAGAAUGGCCUACCUUGCACUGACAGAUGCCCCUAAAGUCUGCGUAACUCCCAAGAGACAACAAGCACUGAACUUCACCACUGAACGUCAAACAAACUUUACAACCCUGCUCGACAGAUACUCGUACUCGAACCGCUCCUGCAUUGGCCAGCCAUGGGGCUUCAACCUUUGCUUGCACGGAUACUUCCCAGUAAGCAUUGCCCGCUCACCAAUUAGCUUGUUAUGCAGUCCAUCAAAGUUCAGAGUAACUUGCAGACCCGAUAACACCACCAAAGUUUCUUCUAUCGACACUCGUAUAACCUUGGUCAAGAACACAACAACUGAAUGGACAUACAAAUCUGUCACAAGAUUGACUGGAACAACCAAAACCAUCACUGCAAAUGUCAACUUCCGACGAACAGACAAUAAGUUCCAGCUGAAAGUUACCCCAUCUGAUCCAAUGCUCUUGAGAAUGAAGAAACUUUGCUAUGAUGAGCAGUUCCAACCUGACAAUUACUCACUAAGAGUCAGUGUUGACGACAAGGAAUGCAAGAAGGUCCAUCUCAAAGCCGACUUCCUCGCACCAAAGCAGCUUCCACGUCACCAAAUGGCCUUCCGAUACAACUUCACCACUGAAGGCAUUCCUAGUUUCUGGCGCCAAGCUUUGUGGUACACAGAUCUCUUUGUUAUGAGACCAAUCUUGCGAUACUCCAGUGACUACUGGUACAGCAACAUGACGGGAUAUCAGAACCUGACCCGAUGGAACUUCAAUGCCACCAUCAAUGGCACAACCUACUUGCAAUAUCUACUUACAAGCAAUGAUACUUUGACUUACAAAAUUGUCUCACCAACUGAAGUUUGGGUUUGGGAAAAAAUCAAGAUGAAUUCCUUUGCAAACAGUCUCCCAAAAGGAUCUAAACACAUCCCAGUUGUAACUAAGCUCACUUGGGGCGGAAACACAGCUUGGUGCCGUCAGAGAAACUCUACCUUCAUUACCUAUGAUAAGAAGGUUUACAAUUAUACAAUGAAACGAGGUUGUGACCACGUGCUCAUGCGCAGCUGCUACAGAAACAUGACACAGUUGAUGGUUUUGGCAGCUACGUCUGGACCAGAGGGAUCAUUGAGCAAGAAAGUCACCACUCUUGUUGAUACCUACGAGAUUGAAUUUAUUCCUGGCAAACAAUACACUGACCAGCCAAUUGUAAAGAUAAAUGGCAAACAGAUAUCUUUGGCAGAUGAUAAAUACGAGAUUCAGAAAGAAGGAAAACCAUGCUUAGUCAUUGUUUGGGAACCCGAAAUCAAAUCAAUGUCUCUGUGGCAUCGACAAACAGGACUUGUUGUUUUACUGCGAAAUGGCUACUCAGUUCACACCACUGUUGGCCCAAUGCUGUUUGGCAAAGUUUGCGGAAUGUGCGGAAACUUCAACGGGGAGCAAAGGUUUGAGUUCAGAACACCAGAAGGAAAGCUAAUCCGUGACGUACAGAAACCAAAACUGUACGAUCCAGAGCUUGCAUUCUAUGAAGAACGCCACUUUGGGAACAGCUGGAUUGUCCCAGGAAGAAAAUGCGCUAAGGGAGAAUGCAACUUCAAACGUGAUUUCGUCAAGGUUGAGCAACAGAACAAGUACUGCCUAACCAAAAUAAGAGUGCCCCAAUGCCAGACCAAAUGCACCACAAAAACAAAGGAAGACCUGAAAGCUCCAGUUAUCUGUGUUGCAAAGAAUGAAUCUUCACAACUGCAUAGUCAGCUGGUGUCAGGACAGCCACUCACACUGGCCACUGCCACUGACCACUUGUUGCCAGUCAGUCUGCCAAUUGAAUGCAACUGCCCUUGCAAAAACAGGUCAAAGUUUUUUAAAGGGGAAGACGAAGACAAGGACGAUUUUGCUAGUGGUGAUGGAGACUACAAGGGAAAAAAGGAAGAUUAUGAAAGAAACGAUUUCCCCUUCAAUUUCUACGAUUUAUUGUUUUAAAAACUCUAAGAAUAAGACUUCAUAAGAUAUGAUUAGCUAUACUCUUUGUUACAUGCUUUUUACGCAAUUAUCCUAACUUGUACAAACCCACGUUUGCCUUGCUGAAAUUAGCUGCUUUGUAAGAAUUUGAAAGGGAAUCAUUUUCAAAGUUCCUUGUAAAAUAGUGAGGCAUUUUGACAAUUAAUGUUUAUUUUAACUUUUUUUUCAAGAUACGAGCAUUCAGCUUUGCAAAAGUGGGCUAUCAUAGCUGCUUUCGUGUAUUAAAUAAUUGUUUAGAUGUAAUGUCAUUUUAAGGAAUAAGCUGCAUAUAAAUAAAAAUCAAGUUCAGCUA